AUGGUAUGGUAUUGCAGCAGGCGGUGCCAGGAAUACCAUUGGGUCGGACAUCUAUUCUCUUGUAAUCUGAAGCGAGAGCUCACUACCGCAGACCAUCUGGCCCUCGCCAUUCGAAAGAACCUGCUCCCUGUCGAUAACCCAACCCUACUCGAAUACGGUUUUCGCCGUGCGUUUUCUUUCGAAAACCAAAGAAAACUGCCUGGUCUCUACGCCGGGCUUGUUGAAGCUCUGAAAGUCAAGCCGAAAGCGAUUCAACGUUGGAGAAAGGAGGGCAUUCUCGUGCAGGAGAUCAAGAAGUGCUUCGAGGCAAUACCUGCUGCGAGCCGGGGCAGCUACUAUCCAUGGUUCCUGGAAAACCAAUGGGUGCUCGACGGCAAGCCACUUGAUCCAGAGGAGUCGAACGGCAAAUUCCUCAGGGAAGGCUGGAUAUUCACUGGCGGGGACCCUAACUCUCCCAUGUAUGAAAUCAAGGCGACCAUUGAGCGAUGGCCCAAGAACAAGCUUAUCUGUUUCCACAUGUGUGGAAUCAUGCUCCUCCACUUCCACCCCGCUCCAUCUGACAUGAUGUGGGUACCAUUCGGGUUCUGCACUUGCGAUGAGAAUUCCGAGCUCGAGCUGGGUGGCAUAUAUGAAGGACUGCUGAAGCAGUGUACCUUUAAAGAUUUUUACGAGGCGUUUGAAUCGUCUCAGCUUCUCAAGCUUUUCCGAGCCAAGGGAUGGGGCCCAAGCAUCGCCAGGUUUCCUUACCUCGAAGGCGUCCUUGAGAAGUCCCCGCACUGUCUCUCCGUCUGGGAACUAAAGCAAUAUCUCAUAUUGGAUGCUGAAGACUACCCCAUGCCCCCUUUCCCUACCGUGUCACUCGACUACGGUUUCUUCAAUUGCCAGAACAGGGAAGAGGAAGAAUUGAGCGCCGCUUACAGGGCUUUUUUUGCCAAACGCGAUGCCGACCCUCUGGCAUUACAGCAGGCAGUCGUUCAAGGCAACGUCUUUGAAUACAUGUGCGGUGUGGUCAAGUUGAAGAACAAGAAGACUCUGCGACGUUUGAUGAAGAAUCGAUUUGGCCUCAACUCGUCGCAAAAACCUGGCCUCAAUCCGUUCUAA